AUGUUACGAAUGACCGAACAGGAAAUCCUUGGUGGAGAGAAUAAGAAAUGUAAAGUCGGUGAGAGGUUCAGAUUAGGCGCCUGUAAUUAUUGCUACUGCAAUGAACACGGUGUCCGAAUAUGUUCCCGACACAACUGCAAUUACAAAUCCGAUGUUAAUAAGACAAAGUAUUCACCCAAGCAGUACAAAGAAGAACAAUGCAAGAUUGGAUACAGAUUUAGACUGGAUACAUGCAACUAUUGCUACUGCAACGAACAUCGUAAACUAAUAUGUUCAAAGCACAAAUGUGAAGGCAGUAUUCCACCUCCUGCCUAUUUGCGGUCACCAUUUGACAUGGACUGUGAAGUGGGACAUGUUCUGGUUGACAGUUGCAUAAUCUGCACCUGUACUGAAAACAAAACAUACGUUUGCGUCCCAGAAAAUAAAGAUGAAUGCGAACCACUUGAUAUUUCACAAAGAAUAAAUUCAGACGAAGACCGCUGUGUCGACGGCAGUAAACGACCAGUAAACGAUUGCAACUAUUGCAUUUGUAGAGAUGGAAUCGAAUUUUGUACCCAAAAGCCUUGCUGGAAUAAUAUACAGACUCCCUACAUAUUUUUGGAGCCAGAAUGCGACGAAGACACACCCAUACCCAGUCCUGAUCCCUGCAACACAUGCAUCUGUGUAGACUCCGAUAUACUUUGUACAAAUAUACCCUGCAUACAUCACACAAGAACAUCAGACCUCUCAAUAGUAAAUCAAAAAUAUUGUGUUAACGGAGAAGUACAUUCAAUGAAUGAUGGAUGCAACCUCUGUAUCUGUAUGAAUAAAAAAAUUAUAUGCACUAAAAAACGUUGUUAUGACAUAUUUAGAAGUGGUGUAACAGAAUUGGAAAUGGUCCAUUCAUUACUACAGUCAGCUUAUAGUCAAUCACAAAUGACACAGUCGGCGCCAGGGUCUGACUGCAGCCAAAAUAAACUUUACCGACCCGAAGAUGAUGAUCCCGAUUGUCCUAAUGUAUGUAUAUGCGAUGGAAACGAAUUGUUAUGUACACGCCGAAAAUGUGACACCAAAGUUUCCACAUUUAUCAAAGCUAAAACAGGUUUCCGAUCACGACCCACCCGAUACGAGCCAUUGAAACGACAUGUUUGCAAUGAGGGGGACCAGAUUCCGACCGAUUCAUCUUGCCUCGUUUGCGUGUGUUUGCACGGCGGACCAGUUUGUAAACCAGUACGAUGUAGUGAAAAUCCAAAUCUUAGAUAUGACAGUGACGAUGAGAGCGAGGAAUUUAAAAAAUUUUUUAAAGGAUUAUUAGGAACGCAGAACAAUUUUAAUAAACCCGGGAAGGAUAGUACAUUCUGCAAACCUUUUACGUUCUUCAGUCCAAACGGUAAUAGGUUCUGUAGGAACUGUUUCUGCCUACACAACGGACUCGCUUUAUGCUUAUUGGGUUUAUGCAAGUAUCAUAGAGACGACCACAAACCCAUCGUCAGAGUGGACCAAAAGAAACCAUGCGUGCCUGGUGAUGUGGCGCGUCCAGGCAGGUGCGUCUAUUGCACUUGUACUUCAAAGGCGGUUUGGUCGUGCGGUAAAGCAGAUACAGAUAUGACUACGUGUAAAAACGCGAUCUGUGAAGAAAACGACGAGUUUCAUAUGGGGUUCUCACCGUACUGUGCUGAAUGCAAAUGUAUCUUGAAUCAAAGAUAUUGCUCCAUAGACGUUAAAUCAUGUCCAGAUUAUAGUGACGUAAAAUGUCCUAUAGGCACAAUAAUCCAAAAUCCGCGGGAGUUCUGUAGUAUCUGCGUGUGUGGGGGUUAUGACGACGGCGCGAAAAAUAUGUGCUUCACCGAAUCUAAGUGCGUUAAGCAAGUAAUCAAUCAUUACACUUUAUAAAAUAUUUUUGCGUUAAGUUAAAUAAAUCAAUGAUUUGU